AUGUCUGGCACACCAAGAGCUGAUAGCAAUUACGAUGCAAGAUUAGAGUUCCUAAGAACAGUAGCUCAUCAAAAUUUGAUUGAACAACCUUCAAAAUAUAAAAGAGCCGGAUACAAAAAACCAGGAAGAAGGCAUAAGUCAUCAAAACAACUGGUGGCUGACGAAAUGAAAAGAUUGAACAAUGUAGAAGGAAACCCAAAACAUAACGUAACGCAUUUCACAGUAAAUGCUCCACCAUCGUUAAAGCCUCCAAAAAAAUAUUGUGAUAUUACCGGUCUUAUAGGUAAAUAUAAAAGUCCAACAAAUAAUAUUCGUUAUUACAACUCAGAAAUAUUCCAAUUAGUGGUAAAACCAAUGACUACUGGUGUUGAUCAACAGUAUUUGAAAUUAAGAGGUGCUGAUUUCGUCUUAAAAUGA